CUGGGCGGCUGGGAGAAGAGGAAAGGCGAGGCCGAGGAGGAGGAGGAGGAGGAGGCCGGGAGACAAGGCCUCCCUCAGCCACGAUGCAGCCGCCUCUCCUCUUCUUCCUCCUCCUCCUCCUCCUCCUCUCUCAGGCGGUGGAAGGCUGGCCCUGCGCCGCCCAGGCAGCAGCCCCUCUCCCGGCCUACAUGCUCAGCCUCUACCGGAGCCCCCUUCCCCCGGCCGACCUCGUCAGGAGCCUCCAGCCCCUCAGUAUCCACCAAGUGGGACAAAAAUGGAGCAUCAUUUUCAACCUUUCUCUUUCUCAAGAAGAGGAGCUGCAACUAGCUGAGUUGAGACUUCAUCUGCCUAGGUCUGGGAGAAAUACUGCUUUCAACAAUACUCCAGUGUCAGUGGAUCUGUAUCACCAACAAGAAAUAAUUUGCCCAAGUGGUCAAAACUGCCUACACAUUAAAUACAUAGGCUCCUUUGGGGCAUUCCCAUCAGCACAUUCAAACUGGGUAGUCCUGGAAGUCACAGACCAGCUUUUGAAGUGGUACACCAAUAGCAGUUCAGCAAAGGAUCCUUCUCAGGAGUUUCUAAAUCAAAUACAACAGCUUACCAAAAACAUCCCAAAGCAAGUGACCAGCACAUGUGGAUCUGUAGACAGAAGAGCUAUUUUGGUGCUUUUCUUAAGACUUUCCAAAGAAGAGAAAAAACAAAGCAGCUCAAGCUUACUCCAGACAGUGAAGAGCUCAAAAUUCUUUCUGCAGGGAAUACCAAAAGAGACAGUACCAGUCUGGAACACCAAGAGGCACAGACGCCACAAGAGCCCCCAAGAUUCAUCUUUACUGAGCUUGGAAAAACUAGAGUUCAAACACCUGUGCCGAAGAGUGGACCUCCUUAUUAGUUUUGAAAAGAUAGGCUGGAAUUCCUGGGUUAUAUAUCCCAAGCAAUACAAUGCUUUUCGUUGUGAGGGAACAUGUCCUGUCCCACUAAAUGAUGAUUUCCAGCCAAGCAACAAUGCUUACAUGCAGAGUGUGCUGAAAUAUCAUUACCCAGAACGCGUUCCCGCUGCCUGCUGCAUCCCAGUGAGACUCAGCCCACUAAGCCUGCUCUAUUAUGAAGAAGGACGGGUUAGCAUAGGUCACCAUGAAGAUAUGAUAGUAGAAGAGUGUGGCUGCCGCUGAAGAGACUGCAUUGUGCGACAGAAGCUUCUGUUCUGGCCCUUCCUAAACUGAGAAAAUAAAAGAAGACUUGCUUCAUGGACAAAACAGUUCUCUAAUGAGCUGUCAUUAAAGUAUGAUGGUGAGACCAGCUUGGAAGACAGGCCCUUCUUGUAUGCAAAGUUAUGGGCUACCAAAAGUAUUUAUUUUCAAUCACUGUUAAAAGUGAGAAUGAAAGCUUGAUAGAUCUGGGUUUGAAGACCGUCUGCUGAAAAGCCGAGAAUAUUAGAAUUCAGACUACAGAAAGAUCGAGACUUUUGCACCAUGAGGUGACAUCUCGUCAAGAGGUGAAUGCAUGGUCCUAUCCUUACAGUGAUAUGUUGAUCAUACUUUGGAAAAUUAUUAACCUGAGUCAGUGGUCAUUUGUUCUGUGUCCAAUGUGGCAACAAGAACCCUGAUCUUAAAGUUUUAUGUCAUGAGGAAGGUUAAACACAGCAAGAGGGACAGUAUCUGAUGGGACAGUGUGUGAGGAGCUGCUAUGUAUGAACUAAUCCUACAACAAACAUGUUUACAUCUUUGUCACACAGGUAAAUAAAAGUAGAAUUUAAGAAUACAACUUAUUUCAUUGCU